GGCGCAGCACGCGCCCCGUUGCGCGUGACGUCGCUCGUGUUGUCCCGGAAGCGGCCACGUUGACGGAGCGCGGGGAUAAUCCGGCGGAGGUUUGAAACGUCGACGAUUAAGAGAACCAAUUACCAUCAGAAUUAACAUAAACAGUUGCCAUUGUCGUCAUCGAUUAAUAUCGAUAGCAUCACCCUCUGUCGUUCACCACGUUGGUAACGUAAACGCCACCGACAUAAUCGUCCAUUGACGUUACAGUGCUCUUGACGAUAUUAACACGAUAUCAACAUUACCAGUUUACUCAUUGAAAAUAUUGACAGCACCGUAGACAUGAUCAAGGCUGUCAUCUUAAUUGGAGGCCCUCAAAAAGGCACGCGGUUUCGUCCCCUGUCACUCGAUGUGCCCAAGCCGCUCUUCCCUGUGGCUGGAUUCCCUAUCAUCCAGCACCACAUCGAGGCCUGCAGUCAGGUGCCGAACCUAAAGGAGGUACUGCUCAUCGGAUUUUAUCAGCCGAGUGAGGUGCUCAGCCGCUUUAUUGUGCAGGCGCAGCAGGAGUUCAAAGUCUCUAUAAGAUACCUGCAAGAGUACACAGGACUGGGCACAGCUGGCGGACUGUAUCACUUCCGUGACCAGAUCCUGGCGGGGGGUCCGCGGGCAUUCUUUGUCCUGAACGGGGAUGUGUGCGCCGACUUCCCGCUCGUUGGCAUGCUGGGAGCGCGGGACGCGGCCAUGCACAACUUCACUGUCAUGUGCACCAACGCAAAUCGCAAGCAGUCGCUGAAUUAUGGCUGCAUAGUGGAAAACACAGAGACCCAUGAGGUAUUGCACUACGUUGAGAAGCCAAGCACCUUUGUAAGCGAGCUCAUCAAUUGUGGAGUAUACCUAUUCUGUCCAGAAAUCUUCCAGCACAUCGCUACCGUCUUUCAGCAAAAUCAGCAGGAGCUACUCAGGUGUGGGCUCACCAGCGAGGAAGUGGCUAACGGCACCAGCUGGGCACGUGCGGAGGUAGUGCGGCUGGAGCAGGACGUGUUCACAGCGCUGGCAGGACAGCGCUCGCUCUACACCUUCCACACUGACGGAUUCUGGAGCCAGAUAAAAUCUGCAGGCUCAGCAAUAUAUGCCAAUCGCCUGUACCUAAGCAGCUACCACAACACCCACCCAGAGAGACUUUCGGAAAAUGGGUCUGGCAAACCUAAGGUCAUCGGAGAUGUUUACAUCCAUUCGACAGCAAACGUGGACCCCACUGCUGUGCUGGGGCCGAACGUGACGGUGGGCAUGGAUGUUGUUAUCGGGCCGGGUGUGAGGGUUCGUGAAUCCAUCAUCCUGCAGGGCUCCACGCUGCAGGACCACUGCUGUGUGCUCAACAGCAUUGUGGGCUGGGACAGUGUGGUCGGGCGCUGGGCGCGGGUGGAGGGGACCCCAAGUGACCCCAAUCCCAACGACCCUCUCGCCAAGAUGGACUCGGAGAGCCUCUUCAACACGGACGGCCGCCUCAACCCCUCCAUCACCAUCCUCGGCUGCAAUGUCUCCAUCCCAGCAGAAGUUGUGAUCCUCAACUCCAUUGUUCUGCCACACAAAGAGUUGCAGCACAGCUUCAAGAACCAGAUCAUCCUCUAAGCAAAACCAACCAGUCCAGAAGAUGAAACCAAAAGGAACCAACCAGAUCAUCUUAUGUUGCAAUAUAUAGAAAUAGGCCAGCAUAUAUGUAUGUUUAUCACAAGAGAACCACCAAAAUGUUCAACAGCCUUGGUUGUGAUUAUAUACUGUGCCUGUUUGUGGUUGUUACUGGUAAACAGCAGCAGUAUAAGCCAAUGUUUCGAUAACAGUUGUAACUAAUUUACAUUGUUGAGAAACUAUGUUAAUCUAUAUAGUAGUUGAAAGCUCUGAUCCCUCUUUGCAAUAUUUAUUCUAUCCACAAUAUAUUUGUAUUCAAUUUAAUUGUUUUUAAUUUAAAACACUUACCCACUGUUUAACUACAUGUUAAAGCCAUGAGUAUAAUUUGUUUUGCUCAAUUACAUGAUAAAUAUGCAUUCACUUUAAAGUCAAAUGUUUAACUGUUUGCUUCCAUCCUUUGUUACAAACGUGCAUUUCAGCAAUACUGUACAGUGGCACAGCAAACCAUGGCAGUAUUCACUUAUUUUUUCUUUGAAUUAUUGUGCUUUGCCAAAGAAUCGUGCAGGAGCCUGACUUGUGCAUUUCAUAAACAUCUUCCAACACGUACAUCCUCACCUGCAGGCAGUGGCACUCAUAAAUCUCCUGCUCGGCCAGCUCUACGGGGUUACAGCAGAAUUGGAAGUCAAGCCUCCAUGCCUCGCCUCGCUUCACCUCGUCUCGUCUAUUAGGCAGGGUUGCCUUUGCAUGCGUCGAGAUAUAUUGCAUUCUCUACACUGCAGUGGUCGUUCAAACUCGGGAGCUUUGGGGCACGCUUGACUCGAAAUGGCAGGGAGCAUUUCCCUUUAGAAAGAGUGAUCGGUGCCCCAUGUGGUUUACGUGCCGCUAUGCAGAGUGGGUAUCGAUAACCGUCACUGCCUGCAGUGGCAUGGAACCUGACAAGUGACCUACCCAUUGAUCAGCAUGCAUUUAAGCCAUGUUACAAAUGUAAAGACGUCACAUCGACGUAAAGAGUAAAUGGGCGUUUGCUAACGAUGGACUGGCAGCCACAGGAGGGACAUGCCCGAAAGGACGUUCACUGUGAGAGGGUGAGAUGGCUAUUGCUUGGGGAGGCCUUUAUUCAGGUGUGGAUCAUGGCUGAUGACUUUUUUUAAAUUCGCGUGCAGUCAAGAAUUCAGCAAUGCAGGUGUUUAAGUGCGCACUUCUGAAGUGAAUGAGAGUCCUUCGUAAAUGGUUGCUAGCAAUGGACCCUAACAUCACUGCUGCCUCCGUAUACCUGCACACAGAUCGUGGUAUUUUAUACUGUGUAGGUAUUUUGCAUGUAACGAUUCAUUGAUAAAAAAAUAUUUUCUUAUGCUCAAUUGUAUGUAUCGAAUCGUAUAUAUGCAAGAAGCAAAUAUACAUGCAAGUAUGUAGAUUUUACCAUUGAACUAAAGCAGUAAACUAGACUACACAAGUGAAAAUAUAGGCAGUAAGAAAUGUAUCUUGAAUAUAAGCCAUGAAUUGGACAUGUGAAACUAAUGGACAUCUGUGAAAAAGAGCUUCAUAGCUCAUCGGAUUCUUCCAGUCUAUAUCAAGAUGAUUCUAAAUUUCUACUAUUCAUCUAAUUACAAGAGGGGCAUGAUAAAACACUACGUUGUUGUAUGCAUUGUAGAUUGCUUAUAUUAAUGGUUUAUUACUGAACAAGUUACUGAGUAGCACAUUCCCCGAUUGGACAAGUCUACUGGGUUGUGGAAGUGCUUGUUUUGUCGGCCAUGGGCGAACCCCCCAUGCAUUUGGACCUGGCCAAAUGCAAAAAUGCACUGGUUGCUCCAUCUGCUGUGACCACUUGACAAUUGGACCCGUGUGCUGAUAUUUUUUUCGAUAUAUGGAUCGCUCCCAAAUGAAACAUCUUGACAGCAAGAGAUGUAUACGCUUUUUGUAUAUUUACCUUUGUUAAAAAUGCAGGGUGUUCCAUGUAUAGGCACCCCACUAAUUUAUAACGAUUCUCUUAACAGAUUUGAGUAUUGUGAAAAGAAUGGCUCCAUAUCUUACCGAGGGAGAACGUUUAAAAGAUAUAGCAAGUGUAUUGAGACUGGUGGGAGACAUGGAGUAGCUUUCGCAUGAAAUGUUUUCUCAAGUUUUCCCUAUUUUUGUGAGGGUCCUCCAAAUGAAUUUCCCUAUAUUUAUCUUUGGGUGCGUAACUGAAUAUUAAGAUAAGGUCGGUAGUGUCCUAUGUUCUGUGCAUUGUAAAGCUGCGGAUGCAAUGGAAAUACAAUACACUGCCUGCUGCCUUGGUUUAUAUAUAGGUGUAAAAAGGUAAAGGGUAAGAGAUUCACAUAGUGACGAAAUUGCUGAACCACAUCGCCCUUAGCAAUUUGUCCUACUGCUGCUGGAGACACCGCCACAUUUUGACCCAAAAUGUAAUGAAAAGGAACAUUCGACGACAUGUGAAUCCGGUGCAACAUUGCACAACAUAUCGUGGAACUGUUGUGCGGAAUGUAUAAUGAAAAUCCCCGUGAUGUUUAAACAAAUAAACUAAGCUUAACCCGUUGAUAACGUUGGGAUUGUAUCACA